AUGGCACUAAGAACGUACGGCGAUAAGCCGAUAAGUUUUCAAAUUGAGGAAGGUGGAGAAUUCUAUUGUGUAGGCUCUGAGGUUGGUAAUUAUUUGAGGCUGUUUCGUGGUUCCUUAUACAAGAAGUACCCUGGCAUGGCCAGGAGGACUUUGACAAAUGAGGAGAGAAAACGCCUUAUUGAUAAUGGUUUAGGGCCCCAUGUGCUCUCUAGUUCUGUAUCUUUGCUUAAAGCUUCGGAAGUUGAAGAUAUCAUUGAAGGGAAUGAUGAUAAAUACAAGGCAAUAUCAGUUAGUCAGGAGUUGGCCACACCUCGGGAGGGCAAGAGUAAGAAGCCACAUAAUCCAUCAUGGCUUCCUGUUAUGCCCAAUUCUUCACAUUUAGAUGCAGUGCCUCAAGCUACACAGAUCAGUAGAACCAGGGUACAUAAUAAGAAGGUGCGCACAUUUCCUCUAUGUUUUGAUGACACUGAUAUGACUGCGAUGUUGGAAAAUGCAUCACAGAAGCAAAUACUGGUUCCAAUAAGACUUGAUAUGGAGAUAGAAGGCCAGAAGCUUAGGGACACCUUCACUUGGAACAAAAAUGAAUCAAUAAUAACACCAGAACAGUUUGCUGAAGUGCUCUGUGAUGACUUAGAAUUGAACACAGUUACAUUUAUACCGGCCAUAGCAUCAUCAAUCCGACAACAGAUUGAUGCAUUCCCUAGUGAGCCACCUGCAAUUCUCGAAGAGCAAACUGACCAAAGAGUCAUUAUAAAACUAAAUAUACAUGUUGGGAACACAUCCCUUGUUGAUCAGGUUGAAUGGGAUAUGUCUGAAAAGGAAAAUAAUCCAGAGCAGUUUGCAAUGAAACUGUGUGCGGAGUUGGGUUUGGGAGGCGAGUUCGUCACCGGCAUUGCCUAUAGUGUAAGAGGACAACUGGGUUGGCACCAACGGACUUAUGCUUUUAGUGAAGCACCAUUACCUACUGUUGAGACUCCUUACCGCCAGCCUUCAGAAGCCGAUCAAUGGGCUCCAUAUCUGGAAACUCUUACAAAUGCCGAGAUGGAGAAAAAGAUACGCGACCAGGACCGAAACACGCGACGAAUGCGGCGACUCGCCAACACUACGCCUGAUGUGUCGUUGAGUCGGGCUGUCAACCGGCUGAUACGUGCCGACGAGGCCCUCUUCCAGACCACGCCCGAAAAGAGGAGGAAAAAGAUUUAA